UUCGUAGUUGCGAUCUGAAACAGUGAAACCAUUCACUCAUUCCUCUUAAGGCCGUGUUUGUGUGUUGCGUUUGAAUUGGUGAUUCCGUAGAGCUAGAAAAUGGAGGACGACGGUUCCAACUCGACCCGCCGCAUGUCAAGCCGAACGCGAAAAGUUGCGUCCAAAAUGGCCGCCGCGCUUGCCAGCGCCGACAACCGCACUCAGGCGGCACUUGCGCGCUUGGAUGCAUUGGAGAAUGACAAUGCAGGUUUUGAAAUUGCAGAUGCCAAUAAUGAUGACGAUGAUGCUUCUCUAGACGAGGAGGAUCAAUUUUAUAUACAGAAAAAGCAGUCUAAAGGCACCAAAAGGAAAACCAGGCAGGCAAAAGCACUUGAAGCUAGAAGGGCCCCAAGAACGUUCCUUGAGCUCUUACAUGAGGCUAACUUAGAAUCAUUGCCUCCUCAUGUGCCAUCCUAUUGGAAAGCUGCAGUUGGGCCUCCAAGCUCAAGCUCCCGUUGCCACUUCUGUACCGUUUGUGCUUUUUCUGCUAAUUACACUUGUGUUAGAUGUGGUAUGCGAUUUUGUUCCUAUAGAUGUCAAAAUGUGCACAAUGAUACCCGUUGCUUGAAAUUUGUAGCCUGAUACAUUGCCCAUAAAAUUGUGCACAAGUAUUGAAUACAUACUACUGUAAUUUGUUAUAUAUCAGUAUUCACUAGCACUGUGUGAAAGCAAUUUCUUUGCUCAACUUUCCCUCUUUUGUUGCCCUUCAGACUAGUGUUUCAGUUAGUCAGUUACAAUGCUGAAAACUGCAUAACCUGACCCCUAUUAGAUCCUGCUGAUCUAGGUAACCUUGUUAAAGAUUGACCCCCCAUAGUUAUUAGAAUCUUAUAAUUCACGAUUUGAAUCCUAUGAUUCAAUAUGAUUUGGUUACCUAUUGAUUUGUAUCAUAAGAUGAAUCUCAAAUGACUUUGUAUCUUCUUACAAUUCAUGAAUGAAUAUGUGCAAUUUCGUACUA